UGCUUACUGCUGAGCCUGAGAGGGUCAGAAAGUGGGUGGAGGCUGAUCGCAGGCUUCUGUCGUUCUGUUCAUGAGUGUGUAUUUAUGGAGAGUCAUUAAACCUCCCUGUGUCGGAGGAGCGUGCAUUUCUCUUGUGUGCUGACAAUGCCUGCAUGCUCCGAGCUCUGCAUCUCUGCCCAGUGAGAGAGGAAACUGCAAGGUAGCCAAGCCACCUUGCGCAGUACGAUGGGGGGACAGCUAACCAGAAGCACUCUAUACGACUCCAUAGGCGGUCCAUUUCCUGCUUCUUCCCACCGAUGCCACCACAAACAGAAACACUGCCUGCCCAUCCCACAGUGUGGAGCCCUCUCAAUCAGCCCAUUGCUUUUCCACCCCCACACCAAAGGGUCGCAGAUCAUCAUGGACACCACACAGAAGGCAGUCAAGCGCCAGGCUUCCUUCUGCAAUGCCAUCACCUUCAGCAACAGGCCAAUUGUCAUCUAUGAGCAAGUCAGGCUCAAGAUCACAAAGAAGCAGUGCUGUUGGAGUGGGGCGCUUCGACUUGGAUUUACCUCCAAGGAUCCCUCUAGGAUUAACCCAGAAACCCUACCCAAAUAUGCCUGUCCAGACCUGGUUUCGCAAAGUGGAUUCUGGGCCAAGGCUCUCCCAGAAGAAUUUGCAAACGAAGGAAACAUCAUAGCCUUCUGGGUGGACAAAAAGGGGCGCGUAUUUUAUCGGGUGAAUGACUCUGCUGCCAUGUUGUUCUUCAGUGGAGUAAGGACCACCGAACCACUGUGGGCCUUGAUCGAUGUGUACGGACUCACGCGUGGAGUGCAGUUACUCGAUAGUGAACUUAUUCCUCCUGAUUGUCUCCGUCCGAGAUCCUUCACAGCUAUCCGCCGGCCUUCCUUGCGCAGAGAGACCGAGGACACUCGUCUGUCUGUGAGCCUCUGUGACCUCAACCUCCAGGAAGAGAACUUCCAUGUCAUGGCUGCCAUGUGUCCUAUCCCACAGAACUCCCUCAACUCUCAACAUUCCCACCUCCUCCCAUCCCAGCUUGAAAGUGACCUCCGCUUUCAUCAGCUCAGGGGAGCCCACAUUAAAAUUCUGGACGACCAGACCGUGGCCCGUUUGGAGCACGCUCGCGAAGAGAGAACUUUGGUCUUCACCAACAGGCCCCUUAGAAUCAAUGAGACAAUAUUUGUCAAAAUUAACAAAUCCAACACCUCACGUACUGGGACACUGUCUUAUGGAGUGACCACUUGUGAUCCUAGCACCUUGAGGCCCAGUGAUCUUCCAUAUAAUCCCGAGUCUUUGGUUGAUCGAAAAGAGUUCUGGGCUGUUUGUAGAGUGCUGGUACCUCUCCAGAGUGGGGACAUUUUGGGAUUCAUGGUGAAUUCAGAAGGUGAACUGCAUUUGAGCCACAAUGGAGCAAACACUGGCAUGCAAGUGUGUGUGGACUGUUCCCAACCACUUUGGAUGUUCUUUGGUUUACAUGGAGCAGUAAUGCAAAUACGUGUCCUUGGUUCCACUCUUAUGGCUGAGCGAUUGGGCCCAUCUGCACCAAGCUCACCAACCUCAUCUCCAAACUCACCCUCCGUCCUCUGCAGUGGUGUUUCUGAUCCUGUUCUGAGCACAUGUGGUUCUGGCCCACUUGGCAGCUCACUCAGUGGCACGGCUCCAAACUCUCCAGUCAGCAUGCCGGAAUCCCCUCUUUCCCCUUCCAUCUCAGGGUCCUGGAACGAUGAAUGCACCAUCUGCUAUGAGAACAUGGUGGACACCGUGAUUUAUUCCUGUGGACAUAUGUGUCUGUGCUACACAUGCGGGCUCAAACUCAAGAAGAUGGCCAAUGCCUGCUGUCCUAUCUGCAGACGUGCCAUCAAGGACAUCAUCAAGACCUAUCGCAGCACUUAGGACAGGUUGACAUAAAGGGUAGGGAUUGGGGAGAUGGUAUCGAUGAGAAUGAACCUAACCAGGCUAAAUGGGAAGGGGUUUUCUUCGUCGCCAGUUGUCCCCACCCUUACACUUGUAGCUAAUUUGGAACAUGGCUACCUAUGGGUAAAGCCCAGAAAUCUGAGGGCUAAAGAUUUCUUCCUGGCAAAGAGUUACUGCCAAUAACAUACAUAAGGAGCCAGAAAGGUUUGGCUGCAGUGCUCCUCUUCCUGGGUUUCCUCUUCCUGUAAUUUCUCUGCCCUUUUGUCCCAUUGAGAUGCUGCAAAGGUCAAAAGAGAAAGGGAUUCUCUUUUGUUAUAAAUGUGUGAAUGAAUUUAAAAUUUGGGAACCACCUAGAGCAGAGAAGAAACAAGUCAUUUAAGUACUGGAACCACCUUGGGGAAGUACGAAGUCCCAUAGGGAAUAUUUUACCCAAAUUUCCAGUCAGCUGGACUGGAAAGAACUGUUAGUAACAGCUGUCAUGAAGGUACAUCGGUGGCAACUGGAUUGACUCCAUUACCCCUCUCCAAUGCUAUGUGGUAUGUGCUGCUGCUUCUAAGGAAGGCAAUCUUUGGGUGUGUCAUUUUCCUGUUAUGUGUCACAUACAGGAAUGCCUACUUUUAAUUGAACAUCUUCAAAUUUUACUUUCCACAAAUACUUCCUUUUUAUUCUUUAGUACAUCCUUAGCAGAUGUCCCUCUUUUUUAUCAUACAACAUCAUCUCCUUCAUCGAUGUUUCUCAAGCCCUCCGUCUUUUCUUUUUUUAAGUGUUGCUCCAGAAAAUCACUUUCAAUGGCCAUAGAGGUGCCUUCACAUCUACUUUCAGAAAAUGAUGGAGCACAUUAUCAAAGCCAUAAGAAGGAAGGCUCUCCAUCAGGUCACUGGACAUGUAUCCUAGCUUUGGAGGAAAGGAAUAUCACCAGUAAUUUAAGAAUCCUUGGUCAAACUGAAUGUACAACAGAGUUGAGUCUAUUUUGCUAUCAAGAAAGAGAUCAGAAUCAGAAGGAAUUUAUUUUACUUUUCAAAAAUGGUUUAAUGAAGGUUUUUUUAAGAAGAAUCACUCUUCUCCCCAACAUGUGAAGGACAAUGCUUUUGGCUUCUUGCUCCCACCACUGUGAAUAUGCUUGGUGCAACUGAAUUUUUGGCAUUUUCCCCAGUGUCUUGCUACAGCUGAUUAUGCUAUUCAUGGACAAGCACAAGGCCUCAUUUGUCAACGGCCCUUUGUUUUUGCUGAUCCAUAUGACAAACUCUAAAACAACUCUGGCCAUAUCAUCCCUUAGAGCCAAAUGGACUAAUGACUUUUGAUAUUGGACAUGGACCAGAGUUGGAAGAAACUCCAAGUUCCAGUUCUCAAUCUUAGCUCCCAAGUGUGGAUACCAUAGUGUUAAAUAAGGAACAGAUGGAUUAAGAGCAAGAAUCUAAGAGGGAAGUAGGUUCCUGGUGACCACCCUUCACCAAAAGUGUUAACAUUCAAAUGGGGAGUGGAUUUUCUCCUCACCAAAGAUAUGUCCUGCUAAUAUGUGGUACUGUGGUUUCAAAGUUAUAGCCUACUCAUGCCAGCCUGAGAAGGUGGAAAUCCUGUGUAUGUAGUUGCCCAUUGAUAAGGGAAAGGGAACAUGGAGAAAGGUAUUUCUAAGUGCCCCAAGUCCACCCAAA